AUGUUGCAUUUAUGUCUUUCACAUUUAAUCUUUGUGUUUUUGCAUUUGCUGCUGCUGCGGCGAUUGGCUGGUGUUGAGGCCCUAGGGCGGCCAGAUCUGCUCCUCAAGCAGCCUGCGAACAAUCAUGCAGGUACGGAGCACAUCCCCUUCUCAUUGGGAAUGGUGCAGAUCCUCACCCGAGACGCAGCCUUUCAUCAGACAGGACCGCGGAACAGCCCAGACACCGUCGUCGAGUCGUCUACAUGGAAUGUCCGCGUCCCGAGAGACAAUCCGCGAAGGUCCACCGACCAAUUUGAUACGUAUAAUACCACAUUAUUGCCAUUGAGGUUUGAGCCUCUUGCUCUUGGUUCUAUCAGGCCGGUAGGAUGGCUUGGUCAACAGAUGGACCUCAUGGCCAACGGUCUUCCAGGCCAUUUGCAUGAAUUUUAUCGCCCUGUCAAAGAUGCUCCCUGGCUCGGAGGCGACCACGAAUAUUCAUGGUUGAAUGAGGCAUGGCCCUACUCAUAUAAUGCGCUUAUCCCACUGGCGUGGACGACCGACAAUGCACGAUUGAAACAUCAUGUUCUCCGGGUGACAGAUUGGGUCAUUGAGCAUCAGCACGCAGAUGGAUGGCUGGGUCCGGAAGAAGAGCUGUCACGUCGCAAUUUCUGGGCCAGAUAUCCUCUCUUCUUGGGCUUCAUGCAGCUUGUCGAGGCCGAGCCCGAGCUGGGCGAGGCCAUGAUAUUACCGGCAAUGCAUCGCUUCGUCCGGCUCAUGUAUUCCAUGCUUCGAGAUCACCAUCAGGGCUAUGUCUGGAAACCCGGGGAUCUGUUCGACGAACAAUGGGGCCGAUCCCGUGCGGCAGACAUGGUCCUUGCCCUCCAAUGGCUUUACGAGAAAUAUCCCAUGGACAAUGAAAAGGCCAUCCAUUACUGCAUGGUCCAGAUGUACGAGAUGGCCUACGACUGGUCAUAUUGGUUCCACGAAGAUCAUUUCUUGAAGGGCGACCUGGACACAUACCCGGAAGAUCUCACCAAGAGCCUGUUCCCCUAUGUCCAUGGCGUCAACGCCGGUCAAGGUUUGAAAUGGGGUGGCGUGAUGAGAAGACUCGUCCAGGAUGAUGUGCUACUCAAUGCCACCAGAAACGGGGUCAACUGGACUUUUCUCUAUCACGGAACCCCAUCUGGUGCGAUCAUUGGGGAUGAACGUGAGGCAGGGCUGAGUCCGGUUCGAGGCACGGAGCUUUGCAGUGUGGUGGAAUCGAUCUUCUCCUUGAACUACUUAUAUCAAGCCGUGGGCGACGGCGAUUUCGCCGACAGGUCAGAGUUGGCCGCCUACAAUGCUUUACCUGUCAUGCUGAUGCCCCACUGGUGGGCUCAUCAAUACGUUGCACAGACAAACCAGCCCAUCAGUCAUCGCCUUGACAAUCCCCCUUUCUGGAAUGUUGGACCUUUGGGCCAAACCUUUGGGACGGAGCCAAACUUCCCGUGCUGCACCGUCAACAUGCAGGGAUAUUCCAAAUUUGUUUCAGCCAUGUUUGUGAAAGACGGCGAAGUUGGAUUGGUCCAUGCUUUGCUAGGCCCGGCUCAAGUUAGCACCACGUUGAAGAAACGAAACCACAUACGAAUUCGAUGCGACACGAACUAUCCGUUCAGCAACUACCUCAGCUACGAGAUCAAGGCGAGAUCGGCUUUUCGAUUCUCCUUCAGGGUUCCUUCCUGGGCGAUACCAGAUGCGAGCAUUGUCAUGGUGGACCGUGGGAAAAGACACGACCUUGCGCCAGACAACACGACAGGGCUGCAUACGAUGAUUAUUCCAGCCGGUAGGACUCGUGUUGAAGUCUCAUUCAGCACGAAGCUUCGAGUCGAGUCGAGAGCUAACGAUACCGUCUCCGUCUACUAUGGUGCUCUGCUGUAUGCUCUGCCCAUCGCUGGAGACUACAGCACCUCGCGUCCAGCAAACUAUCCAGGAGUGGAGGCUCCUCCCGAGGCAAAUGACUGGUCGAUCCUCCCGAGAGACUAUUGGAAUUUGGCCAUCGACGCAACAACUCUGAAAUUCUAUGAAUAUCCCAAUCGGUAUGAUGCGUGGCUCCCCCACCCGAUCUGGCACGAAGAGCGGCCGCCCGUCAGCGUCUCAGCACUGGCUUGCCAAAUAGACUGGGAGCUGCAAGAUGGAUAUGCACCAAACCCACCAUUGGCCGGUCAGCGGAAUUGCACCGGAAGGGCCUUUCCGGUCGAACUGCGCCCGUAUGGCAGUGCGAAGCUGCAUAUGGCCGAACUGCCUACCGUGAACCUACGACCCGGGAGUUCAGACUUGUGGCGACCAGGGUCAAGUGUUUGA